CAAACAAUCAAAAACCAGCCAGAGACUGCUGCUGCUUUGAAACGGACAAUAGAAGCCCUGAUGGACAAAGGAGCCAUAGUGAGGAACUUGGAAAACCUGGGUGAGCGAGUACUUCCUUAUAAGAUCUUCGCCCACAGUCAGCAGCACAGGAAAGGCGGGUAUUUCUUGGUGGAUUUUUAUGCACCAACAACAGUUGUUGACAGUGUAAUGGAGCAUUUGUCUCGAGAUGUCGAUGUGAUCAGACCAAAUGUUGUUAAACACCCUCUGACCCAGGAAGUAAAAGAGUGUGAAGGCAUUGUUCCAGUCCCGCUUGAGGAAAAAUUAUAUUCUACAAAGAAGAGGAAGUGAGGCGAUUGACUGGAUUUUAGCCUUCUAUUGAAUUGUCUGGGGCCUGAGCAGCAUGGGUGAAUAGUGAGAAGCUUGGCCUUUAUCUGGUGGUGGGGGGUGGGGGGUGCAGGUGCCGAUGGCCUUGUGAUUCCCUUUGCUGCAAGAGGCGAGAGAACUGCUUGCCUGCUGAGAGCUGCUCUGUAACCUGGGGUACCCACAGUAGGCCAUUUUUUAUUUCAUUUGCAUUAUGUAAUUUCCUAGUCAGUGAGAACUUUCUCCUUAAAACAAUAAUACAAUUUUGAAGAGCA